CCGCCUUAUUAUUUUUAGUCGACCUUACUUCUCCCCCGUCCAGGUCUUCUUCAAAACUUUUUAACAACUACAACAACUAACCUUCGUCGCGUCCGCCAUUUGAAAGCUUUUCCCCCAGCUACAACCACCACCAGCUUCACGAAACUGGACUAUGCACUUGGCUCUCGACGCGUCUUACAGAUUCCUAACCGCGUCCGUCUUAUCGAACAUUUAACUACUGCUCUCAACUUCACAUGGUUUAUUGUGCGGCUAGCUAACAAUCUUGGCUUUUACGUAGCCAACAACCACAAUGGUCCUUUUUAAACGCAAGCCGGUGCAGUUUCUGCAGACCCCGCCGGUUGAUGAUGAAUCUGCAGAGGUCUGGUGUAUUCACCAGACAGGUGAAAUCUUCGUUACUUACGAAGAGUAUCUGAAUCGGAUGGACUUUUACAACCAGCCUCGAUUUAUCUGUCAGAUAACCGGCCAUUCUGGUUUAACGUUUUUUGAGGCUUUGAAGAGUGAGCUUAAUGGCGCUCAAGAGGUCGAACAAGCCUUCCCAGAAGCUCUAAAGGCCCCGGUUCUGCGCCGUGUCCAGUUUCAGACGAUUUCACGAAUCGAUACUCUAGUCGACAUGGUAUAUGAUGAAUUCAAGGCGGAUUAUUAUCCAGGAGAAGUAGUCAUGAUUCAACAACAGACCGGCGAACGCUUGACAGGGACAGUAAGAGAUAAAGCUCGUCUUGGAAGCAAGGUACUACCCGACGGAACUCUUACUCAACCAUUCUCGCGAUACAGCAUAAGCACGGAUGGCCAUCACGAUCGAGAAAUAGUAGUGGAUGGUGGUCAAAUUUAUCGGGAUAGGAAGAUUUUUACCAAGUCGGUCCUUCGAUCGUUUAUCAAGAAGACGGUCACUAGAGAAGCAUGGACUGGUGCGCCGUGGUUAGUCAAGCACGACGUUGCAGCGCAAUACCACAUUGAUACCCGAGUACCACCUCAUCUACGAUAUGACAACAAGUUGCUCGAGCGAAAGCAACAUCAAGCCCAGAAGAAAGCGUCGCACCCGAUGAACGGAGCUCAAGAGAUGAACGGAAUAGGCGCUGCGUUCCAGAGCUUUGGCCCUGCUCGAUUACCAGAGCUAAAACCAGCCCCUAAGAGUCACCAUAAGCCCGCAAAGACUCACCAUAGCGAGCCUCCGCACCAGGAUCUUAACGGCCAUCACGAUCCCGGAAUGUAUCAUCAGAAUCAUGGGCCACUUCCGCCGGUACCAGGAAACAACCCUUUCCAUUUCCCUGUUCCAUUCCGGAACAGCAUGCCCCCUCCACCUCUCGUUUCUCACCCUCAACCGGAAGCGCCACCCCCGCCUCCUCCUAUCAAGUAUCCUAUAGAGGAUCUACAGGUUGAACCACGUGACGACUAUGUUCGUCCAACACUGAAGUUUAUGUGCACUGAUCCGCCAGAAGGCGUGAUUGACAGCGGUGCGCAGAAUGACAAGAUCUUGAUGAAGUCCAUUGGUCCAUUGCUUGAGACUUGGGACACUUUGAACGUCUUUUGUGAAGUCUACAAGCUUGACUCAUUUACCUUCGACGACUUUGUGGAGGCAAUGGAAGUUAGCAAUGUGGACACCCCUUGUCAAUUAUUUACCGAGAUUCACUGCGCUCUUCUGAAGCAGAUCGUGAGCUCCGAACAGGAUGGUGGAAAGCUUUUAGUAGACCUACCAGAUCUUGAUGAGGAUGAUGACGAUGAUCCAGAUGAGAGUGCGUCUCCAAGCCCCGAGCCGGAACCUGAACCGAAGCCGACGGGACGCGCUACUAGAAGUAGUCUGGCGAAACUAGAGGCUGAGCGGAUCAAGGCUGAGGCUGCAGCAGCAGAAAAGAGUCCGGAACCUGAGAUCAAGCAUCGUGCUCCCGAUGUCUUGGCUAACUUUGAUUGGAUUGAGCAGUUGAGAGAUCGUAAUUUCCAGGAUGGUGGUUGGGAGUUGAUUGUGGUCGGACUUUUACACCAGUUGUCUAAGAACCCGCGAUACACCGAGGCCUGCGAGGAGUUACUAUCUCACCUUGUGCCGCCUGACAUUGAGCCUAGCCAGGAGACAGUCAGGCAGCAGUACAGCGAGCUUGACUUGAACCUUCGAAUCUCCGCUCUUCGGAUAAUAUGCCUGUUGACUGUUGAUACUAAGGCCUUCCGCGGAUACAUGGAAGAGUGCGGCGAGACUAUGACGGGUUAUAGGAAGGAGAAAAUUGAGUGGCAGCGCCAACGAAAACAAGCGAUCGAGGACUUGAAAGGUCUCAAUGAUCAACGCAAGAUUCUUCUUCCGGAGAACAUGCCUCCCUCGCCACCGGCCGAGGAAGCCGAGGUCCCGAAAACCAACGGCGAUGUCAAGAUGGUGGAUGCUGACGAAUCUCCCGAAGAGCCGAGCGAAGAUGCUGGGGACAGCGAUAUAGAUGUCAAUGCUCGCCGAAACACCCGACGAGGUGGCAACCGUGCUGCGGAACGUCAACGUAAGCGCGAAGAACAGGAGCGUAAGAAAGAGGCCGAGCUAGCCGCCGCUAAAUUGCCUAAGCAAUCCAAGCAAUUCAUAAGAUUGCUCAAGGACAUACAGAAAAAGCAGGACACGAUCAAGAAGUGCGAAGAUGAAAUAGCAGUCAUCGACAACGAUCUCCGAGAAGCGGAUUGCGCCCGAACUCGGGUCCUCGGGAAAGAUCGGUUCUGGAAUCGCUACUACUGGUUCGAGCGCAACGGCAUGCCCUAUGGCGGGUUGCCUACCAGUUCAACGGCCGAUGCGGGCUACGCAAACGGCUGCAUCUGGGUUCAAGGACCCGUCGACAUGGAAAGGGAGGGUUACAUAGACAUGCCCGAAGAGUACCAGGAAGAGUAUAAGGCGAAGUUCAAGAUGACUGUACCCCAGAGAAAGAAAAUGGAGGAAGGCCGUACCAGCGUAUUCAACGCAACCCAAUGGGGCUACUACUCGGAUCCCGCCGAGUUAGAUUCGCUCUUGAACUGGCUCGACCCUCGAGGUUUUAACGAAUGUAAACUGCGAAAAGAGAUCCUUCUCUACAAAGACAAGAUCGUCGCGCAUAUGGAGAAUCGAGCCAAAUAUCUUGGUGUGGCGGACGAAGAGGACGAGAAGGGUUCUGCUAAGGAGAGCGGGAAGAGCGAUGCGAAACGAAUGGUAACCCGUACGAAGGCGCAAUCUAGCCCAGAGCCAACACAUUUCCGUUGUCUCAAUUGGACUAACAACGUUGCCAUCGAAGAGCUUGGACACCUCCACAGCGAGCCGCCUCCACCACCGAAGACCAAAGGCCGCAAGACAGCGCGCAAGGGCCGAAAUUAACUCACCAUCGGCCAUCUUCCCUGAGUAUAUUUGGUACUCUUACGACGAAUUCACGACAGAACACGUGCAGGACGGUUAUACAAUUUUCAGUUCUCAGCACUAGUACAUAGACCCGUUUACGCACAGAUAAAAGUUAUUAUGAACGAAUGAACGACAAAAGGCGGUCUUUUCCCUUUUAUUUCCCUACACGCAUGAUUUUAGAGUGGUCAACGAGUAGAGAAAAUCUUUUUCCAAGGCUGGCAUGGCGUUUCACGGGGGUAGGGAUCAAGGCGUCUAUGAGGAGGCUGACCAACACUAAACUUGGGGAGGGUGUGGUGUUUUAGGAGGUGAUUUGAUGGGGGGAGGGCAAACUGAUUUUUUUCUACUUCUUUUUUUCUUCUUCUCUUCUCUGGACGAUGUGCUACGAAUCGAUAGACCCCUUUCUUGUCAUAGUUGUGGACGACUUCUUCAUACUUGGCAAGGCAAAGGCGCAGAGCAGAGAGCAGAGCAAAAUUGGCAUUGUGGCGAAAGGAGGAGAAAGGGGGGGGGUGGGGAUGAGGGGAGUUGUAGUGUUGGUAUACUCUGGAUUGUACAUAUUGCACAAAUGAGACACGGAGAGGAGGAGAGAGAGAGCCCUGGGGGAGGUUGGGGGGCGGACUUGAUAAUCGUUGCUGAUGCUCGAUGCUCUGGGUAGGUAGAUAGGAAAGCUCUACAAGAGAAUUGUUGGGAACCAUGACUUUUUAAGCAGUCAUUAAAAUGGGGUUUCGUAU